GUAGGCGGAGUCGGCUCAAGUGGGCUUGUCUACCCCGCUUUUAAUACAGAUGCGAUCCUCUGUUCGCCUGGCGUCCAGCACCGAGCGAGGCGAGCGAACCGCAGGCAGCGGACGUACAGAGAGAGAAAGAGAGAGACCGGCAAAACAACACCAUGACAGCACCGAACACAUACGACGUUAUUGUGAUCGGCGGAGGAAUAUCAGGGCUGAGUGCAGCUAAGCUGCUGAAGGAGAAAGGGCUGAGUCCUGUGGUUCUGGAAGCUAGAGAUCGGGUUGGUGGACGGACCUUCACCGUACGGAAUGAGCAGACUAAGUAUGUUGACCUGGGUGGGGCCUACAUUGGGCCUACACAGAAUCGGAUCCUCCGAUUGGCUAAAGAGUAUGGAGUCGAGACCUACAAAGUCAACGAGGAGGAGAGGCUGGUGCAUUAUGUAAAGGGAAAGUCCUACCCAUUCAGAGGCUCCUUCCCCCCCAUGUGGAAUCCAUUUGCCCUGAUGGACUACAACAACCUGUGGAGGAAGAUGGAUGAGAUGGGCAGCGAGAUCCCCAGAGAGGCUCCAUGGAGGGCUCCCCAUGCUGAGGAGUGGGACAAGAUGACCAUGAAGCAGCUCUUUGACAAGAUCUGCUGGACCAAUUCUGCGAGGCGGUUUGCCACUCUGUUUGUGAACGUGAACGUGACCUCUGAACCCCACGAGGUGUCGGCCCUGUGGUUCCUCUGGUACGUCAAGCAGUGUGGAGGGACCAUGAGGAUUUUCUCCACCACCAACGGAGGACAGGAGAGGAAGUUUGUGGGCGGUUCCAGCCAGAUCAGUGAGUGUAUGGCCAAGGAGCUGGGUGAGUGUGUCAAGAUGGAAUCUCCCGUCUACAGGAUCGACCAGACAGGGGACAUGGUCGAGGUUGAGACUCUCAACAAGGAAACAUACAGGGCCAAGUAUGUGAUUGUGGCGACCGCCCCUGGUCUGAACCUGAAGAUGCACUUUAACCCCGAGCUGCCCCCGCUCAGAAACCAGCUGAUCCACAGGGUCCCCAUGGGCUCUGUCAUUAAGUGUAUGGUCUACUACAGAGAGAACUUCUGGAGGAAGAAAGGGUACUGUGGCACUAUGGUGAUCGAGGAGGAAGAGGCCCCCAUCAGCUUGACUCUGGAUGACACAAAGCCUGAUGGGACUGUGCCCGCCAUUAUGGGCUUCAUCCUGGCCCGCAAGUGCAGGAAGCUAUGUGAACUGACCAGAGAGGAGAGGAAGAAGAGGAUCUGUGAGAUCUACUCCAGAGUGCUGGGCUCAGAGGAAGCUCUGCAUCCUGUGCACUAUGAGGAGAAGAACUGGUGUGAGGAGGAGUAUUCUGGAGGCUGCUACACUGCUUACUUCCCCCCUGGUAUACUCACCCAGUACGGCAAGGUUAUCAGGAAGCCAGUAGGCAGACUGUACUUUGCAGGCACAGAGACAGCUACUGAGUGGAGUGGCUACAUGGAAGGGGCUGUUCAGGCAGGGGAGAGGGCCGCCAGAGAGGUGAGAGCCUUCAUCAUCAUCAUCAUCAUCAUACAUGUAUUUAUUUCAUAUACCCCCCUCUCUACUGAGUGGAGUGGCUACAUGGAGAGGGCUGUUCAGGCAGGGGAGAGGGCCGCCAGAGAGAUCAUGUGUAUGAUGGGCAGGAUUCCUCAGAAUCAGAUCUGGCAAACAGAGCCUGAAUCAAAGGAAGUCCCACCACUCCCAUUUGUUACCACCUUCUGGGAGCGGAACCUCCCGUCAGUGGGUGGGUUCAUCAACUUCCUGGGCGUAGCCUCUGUCCUGUCUGUUGCCACGACAGCAGGCCUUUUGGCCUAUAAGAAGGGGCUUCUCACCCGGAGCUAAACCUAAACCCCUCCCACUUUCCUCAUUCUUCUCUCCUGCAUCUCUACAGAGCAAUUCUCCAAUGGCACCCUAUUCCCUGUACAGUGCACUACUUUUGACCAGAACAAGAGUAUUGCACUACUUUUGACCACAUGUGGCUAUGGUUCUAAAGUAAUGCACUAUAUAGGGAACAGGGUGCCAUGUUAGAUGUAGCCACUGUGUGUUAUAGGCCUUGGUAAAGACUGUUUAACUCUGUCAUUCACUACUGUACCAUCGCCCCCAUCCAUUAUUCUAAAACUAGUGUAAACAGUCUCCCAACAGACCAUCUCUCAAGACCAACUCACAAUAAUGGUGUCUGUUCUGCUAAGAUUUGUGUCUUUGACACCUUAGAUUUGUGAUGGAAGAUGUGAGUGGAUAGAGAGAAAGAGUGUGUGUGUGAGAGGGGGAGUGAGAGAGAGAGAGGGGGGA